AUGAAUCACUUCUUCCCCGCUGUCUCCUCUCCCCAGCUCAUCAAAACUCCAUCGGAGAUUUACAAUGAUUUACAGGUAAACGUGGAGUGUUUCUGGCUACAAGAAAAGAACAACUUGGAGUGCGAGAGAGCAGGCAGGUUCCCGGACCCCAGCUACCCUGGGGGAUACAUCGACUGUGUCAUGGGAAGCUCUGGACUCACAGCUCGCCCGGGGUCGUGUAAGGGAGCUGAGUACAACAGUGAACUGAGGAAAUGUCUUAGUGUUAGUAAGGGCCAUCAUGUGUACAAGGAAGAGUCAAGCAAGACCGGUGCGCGCCAGCAGCCUGACGACCUGUGUUCAGAUAUCGUAAACGGGUUCGUGUGUUCUGACUGCAAGACUCUGGUGUUGUGUCUGGAAGGUGAGGCCUAUACAGAGCCCUGCGACGCCGGUGACUUCUGCGACGUGAGGGAGGAAGAUUUCGGUGGAGGUGUGUGUUAUCCCAACUGGGACACUGUUUGCUCCUGCAGUGACGAACAGUGCUUCAGCCGUGAUGUUUACGAUGAUCAGAAGUUCGUUUACUGCUGGCCGGAUGUAGACAAAGCCGAUGUGUAUCGCUGCCCAGAUGGAAUGAGAUUCAGCAAGGAACAACAGAAGUGCGUCAGCACCAUAGGAAACAUUACAUGCGCACAAAACGGAGUUUUCGCCAACCCAGACGACUGCACCGAGUACUAUGACUGUGUGUACACUGACAUAGGCUGGAAAACCCGGAUACACAAGUGUAGUGACGGCUUAAUGCUCAACGAAAACACAGGAAACUGUGAGGACCCAUGUACGUGGCCCACUGGUGACUUUUCCUGCACUGAAGAGGGUCGUUACCCGGAUCCACUGGAUUGUGGGCGCUACUACGUCUGUAUAGCUGAAGGUGAAGGCUUCAGACAACUUCAGAGGCAGUGCCCUGAAUUAUACUACUGGGACCCAUCAGAAAAGACAGGUCAAGGCAUCUGUGUCAAAGCCACCAUCAGCACCUGCUCACCUAUCAGUGCCAGCAGGUGCCAGGUACCUGAGGAAUGGUGCGUCAGCUACCCAUCUGACCAAGACACUGAGGUGGAUCAGGAUGCAGAGGCGGACCGAACCACAGAUGCGGACCAAACCACAGAUGAGGACCAAACCACAGAUGAGGACCAAACCACAGAUGCGGACCAAACCACAGAUGCGGACCAAACCACAGAUGAGGACCAAACCACAAAUGAGGACCAAACCACAAAUGCUGACCAUUCCACAAAUGCUGACCAUUCCACAAAUGCGGACCAUUCCACAGAUACAGACCAAUCCGCAGAUGCAGACCAUUCCACAAAGGUGGACACACAUGCACUUCCCUCAGGAUGUGAAUUACCACUGUUGGGUGCAGGCAGAGACUGUCUCUUCAUAACUGGCGAGGCUACUCAAGCAACAGAUUUUGCCAGGGAGUGUGAGAUUGCGGGAGGUGAGGCUGUCAGUCUUACUGACUCUCACAUCCAGGCCAUCCAAGAUUAUAUUGAUCCUGUCUUGUUGAAGAACGUUGGAGUCUGGGUGACCGGACCAUUCUCCAUAACCAGGAAAUUUCUCUGGCCGGACGGAACCCGUGUCAACAUGCGCCAGGUCAUGGGUACGACGUGGGACCACGACUCAUUCUGUCUCUAUAUCACUUCUAACAUAAAGUUCCCGUUCUCUCUAGGCUACUGCAAUCACUUUAAGAGAGUUCUAUGUAAAGUGAGAGUUAAGUAACUCCCAGGAGCCCAUGGUGAACUGAAGGACGUCCUUCACGCUACAGAGGUGAACUGAAGGACGUCCUUCACGCUACAGAGGUGAAGUGAAGGACGCCCUUCACGCUACAGAGGUGAACUGAAGCAUUUCGUCCACAUUGCUUCCGAAAUUGAAUUUUUUUUUUUCACACAAAUCUCAAACAAAAUUCUCUCACAAUUCAGGGAAGAAAAUUUUAUGUUAAUAAAAAUAAUGCUGAAUCGUAUAGAGGUAUUAUUAAAUUGCCAAAUUCCACCCCUUCUCAAAAAUAAGUGAACCGGUCUAUUAUGGUCUAGUAAUCUCAAAAAUAGGAGGUUGACCGGUCCACUAUGGUCAAGUGGUCUCGAGAACAACGAAUGUACUGGCCCACUCUGGUCCUACAGUCACUAAAAUAGGAGGUGGACCGGUCCACUAUUGUGUACCAUAUAUCCAUCCACAGGAUGGAUAUGUGGUACACAAUAAACUAGCCACUACCAUCCACAGGAUGGAUAUAUGGUACACAAUAAACUAGCCACUACCAUCCACAGGAUGGAUAUGUGGUACACAAUAAACUAGCCACUACCAUCCACAGGAUGGAUAUAUGGUACACAAUAAACUAGCCACUACCAUCCACAGGAUGGAUGUAUGGUACACAAUAAACUA